AUGUCAGCUAUCAAGAACGUCACGCUUGUCGGCGGAUCUGGCCGCCUGGGCACCUUCAUUCUAGACAAGCUUCUGGCCUCUAAAUUCAAUGUCCAAGUCCUCAGACGCGCGGGCUCGUCGUCCAACUAUGCUACAAGCGCAGUAGUUGAGGCUGACUUCACAGAUCUGGAGUCCCUGAAGGCCGCCUUUCAAGGCCAAGAUGCCGUGGUCUCAGUUGUUAACGAUGCCGGUGUCCCCGGCCAGAAGCUCUUGAUUGAUGCCGCUAUCGCUGCUGGCGUCAAACGGUUCCUCCCGUCCAACUUCGGCUCCAACAUGACCAAUCCCAACUCUCGCAAGCUGCCAGUAUUCGCAGGCAAGGUGGCAGUCGAGGAUUACCUCAUUGAGAAAUCAAAGACUACAGACCUAACAUACUCGUUUGUGUACACCGGAGGAUUCACAGACUUCUGCAUCCAAAACAAGGUCAUUAUUGACUUUUCCGAAUACAAGCCCACGCUCUUCAACGGCGGAGAAACUGAGUUUAGCACCACCAGCAUGCCAACCGUCGGAGAUGCCGUCGUUGGUGUCCUAGAACACCCAGCAGAGACCCAGAACAGGCCAGUUUAUGUUUCUGAAUUGGUCACUUCACAAAACCAGCUGCUCUCCGUGGCCAAACGAUUGGCCCCAAACAAGCCGUGGGCUCCUGUGACUGCGGACUUGGACGUCUUGGCCGCGAGCGCAAUAGAGCGUUUCACUCAGGGACAACAUGAUUUCCCAACCAUCAUCACUGUCCUGCUCAAGGGAAUCCUAGAUCCGGAGUAUGGAACGAAGUUCACCGAGAACGAUAACGAGCUGUUGGGCAUCAAGGUUAAAUCGGAGGAAUAUUUGGUUGAGCUUUUGACUCCAUUGGUCAAAUAG